AUGGCGUCUUCAAACCCAACCGACCAACUCAAACAACUCAAAGACAUCUUCACACGCUUCGACAUGGACGGAGACGGAAGCCUCACACACCUCGAGCUCGCCGCCCUCCUCCGUUCCCUCGGCAUCAAACCCCGCGGCGACCAGAUCUCUCUCCUCCUCAACCAGAUCGACCGUAACGGCAACGGCUCCGUCGAGUUCGACGAGCUCGUCGUCGCGAUCCUCCCCGACCUCAGCGAGGAGGUGCUCAUCAACCAGGAGCAGCUCAUGGAGGUUUUCCGCUCGUUCGAUCGCGACGGGAACGGUCGGAUCACGGCCGCGGAGCUCGCGGGGUCGAUGGCGAAGAUGGGACACCCGUUGACGUAUCGUGAGUUGACGGAGAUGAUGACGGAGGCGGAUUCUAACGGUGACGGUGUGAUUAGUUUUAGUGAGUUUGCGCAUAUGAUGGCUAAGUCUGCCGCGGAUUUUCUUGGGUUGACUGCUGCUUAGUUUGUUUUUUGAUUAAUUUAAUUUUUAUUUUUUGUAAUAAGAAGGUUUCAGUUUUUUUUUGGGAAAUUGCCAGAAAUAACACUUUUAAGAUACCACUUUUCAACUUUACACUAACCAACUUUACCACUAAAUUUUAAGGGAAAUUGCCAAAAAUAACACUUUCAAGAUACCACUUUUCAACUUUACACUAACCAACUUUACCACUAAAAUUUUAA